AUGGCGUGGAGUGUACGGCCGCAGGCAGAGAUGGGUCCAGCUUCCGCUUCGGCAGCAGGAUGCUCGACAGUGAGCGUGGGAUGUCACUUGGGGCCGAGCUACAUGGUCGUGCAUCAAAGGCGGGAGUUGGGCGCUGUGUGGCCAGAGCGGACAGUGCGCAAUGCGAGCGCAGCACAGUGCGUGGACCAUAUCGUGUUCGGCGAGGCUUACAUUGGCCAGUUAUGGGACCGGGUGCGCUCGCGCGAUCGACAGGCGCACCAGAUGCGGGCCAUUGUCAUGACCGGCGGUGCUGGUCGUCAGCACGGCGAUUGGACGCGGGCACAUCGGGCAGCAUGGCUACACUGUCAGCCGGGUCAGCCGCGGGCUGCGUCAAGGGCGCCACAGCACGAGCGCGAGCGCGAAUGCGCACAAUGGGAACGCGCAGCGUUGCGCACCUGGUCAGGAUGCGCGCGCACGCAGGAUGGAGACGGGACAAUGGCGGGCGAGGAGAGAGCGAUGGGCGGAAUAGCGGAGACAUUACUUGACAAGAUUGUAUGGGUGGCAGUAAGCCUAUGA